AUGUUUGGAAAACAAUCGUCAAUUCACUCACAAGAAGCAUGCCAAACGCAAAACGAAGAAGCGACAUCGCACAAAUUAACGUCACCGUAUCUUAGUCAAAUCAUAAAUACUGUAUAUGGCGAAUUGUCGAUCUUUCAACUAAAUAUUUCUUCGCAUAUCAUUGAUAUGUACCUUCCAGAUAUUUUAUUGCCCUUUCCAGCUUCUAUCAAAGUAACAGAUCGAAUGAAACGCGAUUUAUUAUAUUUAAAAUCUAUGAUGGCUGUCUUACAUUCUCAAGUAAAUCGAGAAAUGCGGAAUCUUUCUUCCAUUGUGCCAGAAGCUGAAUUCUUCCAGCAAUUGUUACCAGAACAGACAGACAUGGCACGAUGCAAUAUAGUCAUUCUAGGUGAUCGUAUUAUUUUCGCCCGUAUUCCGCGAACUUAUAGAGUGACUUACUAUCUUCUGUGCAAACAUAUCACAUUAGCCGAUUGUUCAUCGGAUGUACGAUUUGCAGGUGAACUUUGGCAUGAUGAAAAUGCCAACUUUCAACUCAACAACAAUUCAGGCACCUAUCGGCCAUCGAAAAUACUGGUCGAAUCAGCUAUUGCACUUUUCAAGCGCUUAUUUCCGUUCCUAGAAGUUCGAGGAGUUUCUUCGGAAGAGAAUACUCGUCCUCCUACUCUGGAUCGAUUUAAAUCUAAAUUAAAACAGAAAAUAGGACGUUCUUGA